AUGGAGACCUUGUGUACCCAGUGCGCUAAACCAAGCACAGAGUGGGGAUACCCAACCACGAGUGCCUUGCCCAUCUACCUUAUGGCUCCCAACGGUCUAAAAGAAAAGCACAACAGAACGAAUAAUGCCAAGUUGAUCAAGUUAUACACUGGAGAUGGGGAGACCUUUGAGAAAGUGUGUAGUUAUCAGGAUGUUUUAAACCACCUGAACUUGACCAAAGCCAAUGAGCUGUUCUCCAUGACCCGGCCUGUUAAAGACUACAGAAGGCCUACAGAGGUAUUCUUGGAAGUUCUGCUGUAUGCCAUCCUAGAUGUGAAAGAGAUAGACCAGACAUUUGUUCCCUAUGUUUGGAUUUUUUUGGUCUGGCAAAAUGAGUACAUUUACUGGAAUUCCAGUGAUUUUUGUGGGAUUAAGAACAUUAGUCUUCCUACUGAAAUUCUGUGGAAACCAGAUUUGACCAUUGAAGAGAUGACAGAAAAAGACAAGGCCCCUCCAAGUCCUUAUCUCACUAUUAACAACAUGGGUAAAGUCUUUGUUCAAAAUGACCAGGUACUGGUCAGCACCUGCAGGAUGCAGGUUCACAAAUUCCCAUUUGAUGUUCAGAGCUGCACCCUUUCAUUCAAAUCUGCCAUCCACUCCAUUGAGGAAAUAAGGCUUGUUCACCACUUAAAUUCUUCAAUAACCACCGAAUGGUCACGUGAGUUGAUGCGGACUCAGUACGAGUGGCUGUUUGUUGACAUGACAGUCAUCAAUAAAACUGUUUCUCCAUUUGGAGCUGAGCAGGAUACAAUCAUUUAUACUAUCUCUAUGAAAAGGAGAUCUGUACUGUACAUUGCAAACUUCCUGUUGCCUGUCCUCUUCUUCCUGUGUCUGGAUCUUGCCUCCUUCCUGAUCUCAGACAGAGGCGGCGAGAAGCUCAGCUUCAAGGUCACCGUGCUGCUUGCUGUCACUGUGAUGCAGCUUAUUCUAAAUGAAAUUUUGCCUUCUUCAUCAGACAAGAUCCCACUCAUAGCGGUCUACUGCAUUGGGAUUUUUGCACUGAUGAUGCUCAGCCUGCUGGAGACGAUCUUGGUGAUGCAUCUGAUGGAGAAAGACUCUCAAGACAAUGAGUCUAAUGCAGACCAAACUGUGGAAGAACAAGGCAGAGCAAUAAACUUCCGCGGCUCUGAGAGAGAGGAGAGGAAGUUGACUCCAUAUGGAUGCAUCUGUGGUGCAUCUGCAGCCAAAACACCAGAUGAACGGUUACAGGUUGGGAUGACACUGCAGUUAGAAAGUGGAAAAAAGGGCAGCAUCAGCCAACCAAUAGAAGAGCCGCCUGCCUUUGAAGAGCUCUCAGUUGAGCUGAAGGAGGUGGUGAGGAUACUGACUCUGAUCCUCCAAAGUAGCAAAGAGGAGGAAAAGCCCGGCUACUGGACCAGAAAGACUAAAACUAUUAACAGAGUUUACUUCAUCUUCUAUGUUAUAGCUGCCUUUUUCUUCUUAGUCUUUAUGUUUUCCAUCUGGAAUGAACCACAAGAAUGA